UCCAUUUUCUGGGGCAGAGUUUUCUUUCUCUGCCCCAUUUUACCGGAAAAGAAAAAUGGCGGUCCAACUUCAACUUCCAGUCCUCCGAGUCCUAAACCCUAGGCUCAAGCUCAACUCCCGAACUCCGACCUCCUUCAACCUCAACAAUCCAGCUCUGACUUUCUCGCCCAGUUUCUCGAGCACUCUUGGUCUGCGAUUCUCCUCCCGACGGUGUCGCUUCGUCCCUGGCUGCGGCGGCGCCGGCCGAGAAAGUCUCGUCGAUGAUCGGAGAUCUCUCGGCGAAGAAAAUAUCGAUACUAAUUAUCCUCCGUCGACGGCGUUCGAUGAGAGAAGUGAAGAAGAGGAAGGAAUUGUGGAGGUGAAGAGAGAAGAGUUGGUGAGUCAAGGGAUGUGGAGCCAGAUGAAGGAGAUCGCGAUGUUCACCGGACCGCUCACGGGCCUUUGGAUCUGCGGUCCGCUCAUGAGUCUUAUCGACACGGCGGUUAUUGGACAAGGAAGCUCCCUUGAGCUUGCCGCUUUAGGGCCGGGAACGGUUUUGUGCGAUAACUUGAGUUAUGUGUUCAUGUUUCUUUCGAUUGCUACUUCCAAUAUGGUUGCCACUGCACUUGCCAAACGGGAUAAGAAAGAAGUGCAACAUCACAUAUCUGUUUUGCUCUUUGUUGGAUUGGCUUGUGGCUCCUUGAUGCUCUUGUUUACAAGAUUUUUUGGUCCAUGGGCUCUGACUGCUUUUAGUGGGGCAAAGAAUUCACAUGUUGUACCUGCAGCAAACACCUAUGCUCAGAUUCGAGGCUUGGCAUGGCCCGCUGUUCUUGUUGGUUGGGUUUCUCAAAGUGCAAGUCUUGGCAUGAAAGAUUCUUGGGGACCUCUGAAGGCUUUGGCUGCGGCCAGCGUUAUAAAUGGCGUUGGUGAUAUAGCCCUAUGCAUCUUUCUGGGUUACGGCAUUGCUGGUGCGGCAUGGGCUACGAUGGUAUCACAGGUUGUUGCAGCAUAUAUGAUGAUUGAAGCUCUAAACAAGAAAGGAUAUAAUGCAUAUGCCAUCUCCAUUCCCUCUCCCAAAGAGCUUUUGGAUAUAGUUGCGCUUGCUGCUCCAGUGUUUGUGACAAUGAUGGCCAAGGUGGCUUUCUACACUAUCCUUGUAUAUUUUGCUACAUCCUUGGGCACAAUCACCAUGGCUGCUCAUCAGGUCAUGAUUCAAACGUUCUGCAUGUGCACUGUUUGGGGUGAACCUCUUUCUCAAACUGCACAAUCAUUUAUGCCUGAGUUGUUAUAUGGAGUCAAACGUAGUUUGGAAAAGGCAAGAAUGCUGCUAAAAUCACUCGUCAUCAUCGGAGUCAUAGUUGGAUUAGUUUUAGGAAUUGUUGGAACAUCCAUUCCCUGGUUGUUUCCGAAGAUCUUUACACGUGAUCAGAUGGUCAUACAAGAGAUGCACAAAAUUUUAGUACCAUACUUUUUGGCUUUAUCUGUGACACCCCCAACUCACAGCCUUGAGGGAACAUUGCUGGCUGGACGAGACUUAAAGUUUAUUAGUAUGUCAAUGAGCGGCUGCUUUACCUUUGGGGCACUUUUACUAACGAUUGCUAGCAGCAAAGGAUUUGGUUUGGCAGGCUGCUGGAGCGCACUUGCAGUAUUUCAGUGGACCCGGUUUUUUCUCGCUCUUCAACGCCUUUUAUCUCCCGAAGGCAUUCUAUACAGAGAAGAUUCAUCCAGCGAUGAACUGGAAAAACUAAAAGCUGUUUAGUUUAAAGAUUAUUUGAGCGGUUGCUGCGAUGAUGGGUGAUACCACCUUGAGACAGAUCGAAGAUCAUUAUUUGUUAAUUGUGGUGCUUGGUUUUAAUUUGGCGUGUUGUUUUACAUGCCCAAUUGGCCAAAGAUAAGGUCGUUGUCGCCAUUUUUUCAUGCAAGGCACUGCAUCUAGACGUCCCUAGUAAUUCUACACACCUGGUAUUUGUUUAGAUCAAUGAUUAUUGUAAUUGUAAUGCAACUGAUAAAUACAUGAUUAUAUCCCAAUUUAUAGCAAAAUUUAUGCAGUUACCAGCCUUCAAGUUUCUUGUAUGCCCUAUGUUAUAGUUUCUGUUCUUUGUAGUUUUUUGUCAGACGUACGCCGUGAAACAGAAUUAAACAUAGCUGGUCUCUGUAUUGCUUAUACGACGUGAGAUUAACA